AACGCUGCCGUAUCCCAGCGCCGGCCGCGCUGCACGUGGCUCCCGGUAACCGCUGCGCGUGGAGCCGAGGGAACAUCAAAUCUGUGAGAAAUCACAACGGUGACCCUUCCGAGCCCUUGUGACGUCAUCACCUCCAUCUCAGACACGAGUGACUUCUGGGGGCCACGCUCUAUGGUUUUCCAGCCAAUGGGACGCGAGUGAGUGGUAGCCCCGCCCCCUAAAGCUGUCACAUGUCACCAGAUAGAAAGUAAAAGGAGAGACUGCUGACCCGAAACAGCCGUGAACAUGCCGAUUAAUGUGGACGACAUCCUGCGCCUUCUGUGCCACUUGUCGACGGAGCAGAAGAUGAAGGUGGCCAUAAAGCAUUCUGCCAGGGGGGCCGUGGCUGCCGGUGCUGGAGCCUUUGUAGGGGGAUUGCUAGGAGGACCCCCGGGGAUAGCCGUGGGUGGCGCUCUGGGGGGCGUUCUAGGAGCCUGGAUGGCGAACGGACAGUUUAAGCCCGUUCCCCAGAUCCUGAUGGAGAUGCCGCUUGUGCAGCAGCAGAAGCUGUGCGAGCAGAUCUACGCCAUCAUCCGGAACCUGGACUGGACGGACGCCACGCAGCUCAUCAUGCUGGUCUCGGGCAAUGCCGCUUUACAACAGCGGGUGGCAGCAGCGCUCAUCGGAUACGUGACACAGGAGCUGAAAGCCGAAAUCCAGUACGGAGACUAGACUGCAGCGUCAGUGGUCACAUGACCACGUGGUUCGCCGCCACGGAGGGACUUUAGGAUAAUGACUGUGAAGACUGACUGAUGUAAUAGUAUGGCGCUGCGUGCAAUCUGCCACAGGGGGCGCCGUACACGGCACACACUAGCCAAAAGACGAUGCCACUGACAGAAAUCGAAAAAUAUAUAUAUAUUUUUGGGUUUAAAUUGCUGACCUUGUGCUAAUCUCAGGAUCGGAAUCACAGUGUCUGAAUUCGCGCAACUGCGGCGGCCUUCGAAACUGAACUGCGCAAUAUGAUUUGCUCUAAUUGCAGCAAACGUCAUGUGACAUUUACCGUUUAAGAGCUCAUGCACAAAUGUAUAGUUUUUUUCCCCAAUUUAAAUUUUUUUUUUACAGGUCCAUAUGUGGAACCAUUAAUUUCAAUGGUGCUUGAAAAAAAAACGGAAAUGACUGUACAUCUGCAUGUCUAUUCCGACCCCAAAAAAGAACAUGUCCUAUUCUUGUCCGUUUUGUGGAGAAGGACAGGCAUUGUUAUAAUGGAUCUGCGGGAAGAAAAAACGUAUGCAACAUGGACGUCACACAUUAUGUCAUCCGUUUUUUUUUGCGGGCCGGAAAGUACAUACGGUCGUGUGCAUGAGCCCUAAGUAUGAUAUGAUGCGCCAUGCAUUUUUACACCCGCAACUGACCUGCGCGCGGCAUCACUUUUGAUGAAGUGAUUUUUUUUCUUGCGGUGUCUUCGGUAGGAUUUUUUUGUAAUUUAUGUUUAUUAUGGUGUUUACUGAGUAAUAGGAUUAAGGCUCCAUUCACACAUCCGUAAUAAUGGGUCCGCAUCUGUUCCGCAAAUUGCGGAACGGGUGCGGACCCGUUCAUUCUCUAUGGGGCUGGAAUGGAUGCAGACAGUGUGCUGUCCGCAUCCGCAUUUCCGGAGCACGCCGCCGAUCUUCCAGUCCGCGGCUCCAGAAAAAAAAUAGAACAUGGGGGUAAAGUGUGGACAGCCCCUUAACUCUCAGUUUAUGCUGACCAUUUGUCCUGCAGCCCCAUGUACAUUCGUGGAGGGCUCCACCAUAGGUUCCCCAGCACUCUGUACUGAUGAGGGGCGUUAAUAUAAGGCCCUGUACUCCUGCUGGCCUAUAGCUGUUUAUUUUUCUGGCCAGACGGCAUCACCUCAGGUGCCUUUAUAGAAUACGGGUAAACCUAAAGAGAUAAGCGGGGGCGUUUACCAGUUGAAACUCCACCCCCGAGCAGCCGAAGAGCAUUGAUCUUGUGCUAUAAGAGGCAUUGUUUUGCCACUUGGGGGCGCUAGACCAUAACUAUCAGUUUCCUAACAUGUUUCCAAUAACACGUUAUCCAUGGAGCCGCAGCUGUAGGGCGUCAUAAAAUGCAAUGAUUGGGGAGCCUUAUGUGAUAUACUAGAAGAUUGCUAGUUAAGCAAUGCCCCAAAUAUAGUAUUUAGUAUUAUGGAGUUGCCUUUAAUUUACAUACAUUGCAGAAGAAGGUAAAGUCUAUCACCUCCAAAACCGCUUUCAACCUAAGCAUACCGCCAUGUAGGGUAGGUGGUCCGAAACAUAACUCUACUUUUAUUGUGAAAAUCCGUUGUUUUGUUGUUUUUUUGAGAAAUGCUUCUUUUUCUUUUUAUGUAAAUAAGGUUUUUGGUGCACUGUGGGCGGAGCUGCUCUGUUGGGUGCACCGUUGCUUCACUAGUAAUGCAGACCAGUACAUCACCUCCUGUUUGACUGACAGUCUCUGAGAUUUCACAGCUGGAGCGAUGGCGUAGACAAAGACAGGUGCGUCGAUCGGAGCGGCCCCGCCCAAAGUGCACCGAAAAUCUUAUUUGCAUAAAAAUGAAAUGAAGCAUUUCUUAGGAUUAGAAGGACCGGGUUUUCACAAGAAAGUCUAAAUAGAGUCUCAUUGAUUGUUAUUCUGGACACAUGGGCUUUCACAACCUCUCAACGUAAUUCCGCUAAUCAAGCUCGCGACCAAACAACCCAAGCCUUCUUAAAGGCGCUGUCCACUUUGUACUACCCCUAUUUGUCAGUGGGUCUGCGGGUGCUCCGCUGCUGUGAUCACAGUGAUCGCCUGUAAUCUGCACAGGAAACUGGCAGUGAGUGUUUAGUUUCCCUGCAGUGCCACCACAGGUGAAAUAGAGCAUUACACCGGUGUUAUUGAAAUCAGCAGGCUGUCUGAGGACGUGCUGGGUCCUCCAGAGUGAGGGACUCUUUGUACCUCUUUUUUGUAACUUUGAGGUAUAGAGGAAUUGUCUAUUUUUGGAUUUUUUUUCUUAAUUAUUAUAUCAAUUAUAUUUUUGACUGGCAUGAAGUAGCCGUUAGGAUGUGGACACCAGGUGUGGCCUUGUACCCCUCUGCUGUUUGUUCUGUCUGCUCUGAACAAUAUUUGAUACCUCAAUAAAUAAAAAUAUAGAAUUGUA